UACGUCACGCCGUCGACUCGGACAGCGCACAUUGUGGAAGAAGAGUGUGGAGAUGUCUGCUCUGUUUGGGGUUGUUAGUAAAUUUAGGUUCAUUGUACAAAAAUCCGAAUAUGUUGCACACGCAUUUCAUUUCAGAAUACAGACUUGUGGGUAUGCUACAAAGAAAGCUGCUACCAAGGGGAAAUCGAAAGGCAUGACGAAGGAAACCCUAAAAGGUCCUGAGGUCUGCAAGGACCCUGUGCAUCUGACCAGCCACGCAGUCGGGGUGAACAUCUUCAAGCAGGGUCAGGAUCCUCCACUGCAGCCGCCCGAGGAAUAUCCGGCAUGGCUGUUCCAGUUAAAUCUGGGCCCCCCAAAGAAGAUCUCUGAGCUCGACCCAGACAGCCACGGCUACUUGAAGAGAGUGAGGAAGGAGCACAUAUGGCGAGACAACAAAUUGCGAAAAGGCAAAAAGUUUUAGCGGACUGUUUUGGGGAAACCAGAGUUCUGUGGCCGUCGGUGGAUGGAGACAUUGAGACCUGGGACUACUACUCUGACUAGAGUUUCAGCCGUCAUCUGUCAUGACUCUCGAAGAUUGAACUGAGACUUGAAUUUGUAAUAAAGUGAUCUGUUUGAGGGCGAUGGCUUCCAGCAAAGUAUCUGAACGCAGGAUGGAGCUCGUAAGCAGUGCUUCAUUGUGCAUCCCAUUUUUCUGCUAUGAAAAAGUGGAAUCGACACUUUUUCCAUGCUAUUUGUUCAGUGUAUACUGUUGAAAAAAAAAUCUCAUUUUAAAUGUGCAUUUUAUUAUAAAUAAUUGGAAAUGGAA